CAUUACAUCGUGCCCAGUACGCAUGCGCCACCUCGAAAGGAGAGCUGUCGAGGUCGAAUUGUAGGGUUUCUCUCACAUUGACUAAACUAGGGCAGAAAUGCCGUCAGAUUUUGAUAAAGAUGCAUAUCCGGAGCCCCCACGGCAGACUCCGGUCGUGGACAAACAGACAGCUUUGCCAAACCCAGCGGUGAUUUUGUCCAAACUCUUCCAUUACACCGUGGACCUGCCUGUCACCACAUUUAGAGACGCUAUCGAAAGCAUUCGGGCUAAAAACAGGUUGGUGUACUACCACCAGAAGUUCCGCCGUGUUCCCGACCUGACCGACUGCCAAGAAGGAGAUUACCUGUGCUACUACGAGGCUGAGAUGCAAUGGAGGAGAGACUAUAAAGUGGACCAGGAGAUUGUAAAGGUGGUCCAGGAGCGUCUCCGAGCCUGUCAGCAGAGAGAAGGUCCCAGCUACGAGCAGAACUGUUUUAAGGAGAUCCAGCAGUUCAAUGAAGUUACCAAGAACUUCCAGUCACGCUAUGGGGACCUAGGAGCUUAUGCUAGUGGGAGGAAAUGUCUCAUGAAGCAAAAAGAGAGGAUGAUGGCAGCUCAGACCCAAAACGCAUAAUCAUCCUUUUGUCUAUUCUGUGUAAUAGUUGUAAAAUAAAGUGUUUAAAUCAA